AAGGCGGCGGCUGCCAACCUAUGUCCUGGAGAUGUCAUCCUGGCUAUCGAUGGCUUUGGGACAGAGUCCAUGACUCAUGCUGAUGCACAGGACAAAAUUAAAGCAGCAGGUCACCAGCUGUGUCUGAAAAUUGACAGGGCAGAAGCUCGCUUAUGGUCUCCACAGGUAUCUGAAGAUGGGAGAGCCCAUCCUUUCAAAAUCAAUUUAGAGUCAGAGCCACAGGAUGUGAACUACUUUGAACACAAGCACAAUAUUCGGCCCAAACCUUUCAUAAUCCCAGGCCGAAGCAGUGGAUGCAGCACUCCCUCCGGGAUUGACUGUGGCAGUGGACGCAGCACCCCUUCUUCUGUCAGUACUGUUAGUACCAUUUGCCCAGGUGACUUGAAAGUUGCGGCUAAGAUGGCCCCUAACAUUCCUUUGGAAAUGGAACUUCCUGGUGUGAAGAUUGUACAUGCUCAGUUUAAUACACCUAUGCAGUUGUACUCAGAUGACAAUAUUAUGGAAACACUUCAGGGUCAGGUUUCGACAGCUCUAGGGGAAACACCCCUAAUGAGUGAACCCACAGCCUCCAUGCCUCCCCACUCCGAUGUGUACCGGAUGCUGCACGACAGUCGGGAUGAGCCCGCCCAGCCUCGCCAGUCGGGCUCCUUCAGAGUGCUCCAGGAAAUGGUGGACGGCCCUGAUGACCGUCCCACUGGAACGCGGAGUGUGAGGGCUCCAGUUACAAAAGUCCACGGCGGCGGCGCUGGCGGUGGGCAGAAGAUGCCACUCUGCGACAAAUGUGGGAGUGGCAUUGUCGGUGCGGUGGUGAAGGCCCGGGACAAGUACCGGCACCCUGAGUGCUUCGUGUGCGCCGACUGCGGCCUCAACCUCAAGCAGAAGGGCUACUUCUUCGUGGAGGGAGAGCUGUACUGCGAAGCCCACGCCAGGGCCCGCUCAAGGCCCCCGGAGGGCUACGACACCGUCACCCUGUACCCCAAGGCCUAGAAGUCUGUGCGGGGCGCUCACCCGCGCGGCCGUGCGCGCCCGCCGAGACCGCCGCGCUUGGGGCAGAAGCCUCGUGCGCACUGUUGCCUCCACUCUGGAGCCAAGCCUUCCGCCCUGCGUUGUGCUGUGUUGAGGGAAGGGAAGGCAGCGCAGGCUAGCUGGCAGAAGCAUCCACGCAGCCACGUUUUGCAGCUCUUUUUGUCUUUGGGGCUAGCAGUGACGACGUUUCACGCAGUGUGUUUCGUCCUGUCUCGCUCCACGACUCACGUAUGUGCUGUGGCCAUCAAACACGUGAAACACCAAGAUAUUUGAGUGGACUCGUCUUUCCUUGACAAGUCGAUUUUUUAGUGGUGGUUAUUGCCAAAUAACACUCUUGUAAUCGAACAGAAUCUGCGAGUGUCCGUAUCUGUAUUAACCCUCACGGUGCAUGUCAGGGGGACAUUCCCCGAGUUUCUUUAGUUCUGUAUUCAAACGGUUGUGCCACUGGAUGCAACAAACAUAGCAAAUACACAAAACGUUUUGAACCAA